UGCACUACCUGAUUCUGUAACAGAACUGCAGUCUCCCGUCGAUGGGUAUCUGGUAAUUAUCCUGCCAGGAGGUGUCCUUUGCUUUAGUUGGCUCGCCGCAAUACCUACUAGAUGCUGUCUUCUUAAACUUUGCCGAUCGCGCUGUUGUCGAUCGCAUAUACCGUAGGUCACUUUCUUCAUAAGUAGUGGGUCCCACCCGGCUGCUUGUUCCUCUUGCCCUUUCCACCCAUCGAUCGUCGAUCAGUAUCUCCGGAUUUCCAACAGUUAACCACGAUGCCGGCGUGGAUGACAGGCGUCGAACGGGCUUCGAAGAGGCAGGCUGCGGGCCCACCGCCUCUUACUCCAGAGCAGAUCGCCUAUACCAAUGCUCCCGAGAUUCUCGCGAUAACUGGAUCGUUCUUCGCCGCCGCCGCAGUUGUCGUACUACUCCGUUGUUAUGUCAGGCUCGCGAUUCUCAAGGUUUUCGGUAUUGAUGACUAUGUAAUGGUUUUUGCUAUGAUCGUCGCGACGGCAACGUUCGCAUGCUUCGUAAUCGAAACCAACUAUGGACUCGGCAAGCAUUUUCUGGUCCUUCUGGCGGACCCGAUCAUGUACAUGAAUUUUGCGCGAGUUCUGUACGUGCAUGCUAUCAUCGUCAUGGUGGGCAUAUCGUCGGUCAAGAUCUCCAUUGCCUUCUUCCUUCUACGACUCUCCACGCGGACGCAGUAUAGUCGGUUUCUAUACGGUGCCAUGGUCUUUAUCGUUGUUCUUACUCUAGCUUGCGCGAUGAGCCUGAUUUUCCAGUGCAUCCCGGUGCAAGCUGCGUGGGACAUGAGCCUCCGACCUCCGCCGUUCGGAAUUGGGGAUGCGAAAUGUUAUAGUAUGAACGUGUUCCGUAACCUGGGUCUGAUGAACAGCUCUUUCAACAUCAUUACGGACGUGCUCUUUGCGACCCUUCCAAUUCCCCUCAUUUGGAAACUGCAGCUUAAUGUUCGAACGAAGAUCUCCCUUAUCGCUGUCCUUUCUCUCGGCUGGUUUGCGUGUGCCGCUGCCAUCAUCAAAGCAGUACAGCAAUGGCACGUCCUUACCGACCCGGAUUGGACCGUCAACGACUCCUUCAACAUUUGGAAUUACAUCGAGUUUACCGUGGGCAUCAUAGCCGCCUCAUUACCGUCACUAAAGCCGCUCUUUAACUGGGCCCUCGAGACAGCACGCGCGAUCACGUCAGGGGGAAGAUCGAGAGGGACUGGAAAACCCGGAUACAAGGGACCGAACUCUUUGGGCUACAACAAUAUGGCCGACCAGUCGAGCAAGAGUAUUGCGCUCCAUAGCCUCACGAGCAGAGGCGAUACCACACCCGGCAGUUCAAAGGGCCCCUACAACGUCAGGGUCACGACAAACCACCACCAUCACACUGGGCUCGCGGACAAGGAAGCAUGGGACAUGGUGCGCGCGAAGAACAGCGAUGAAAGCAUUCUGCCGCUUCAGCGCCCCGAGCCCGGCCACAACGGGAUCAUGAUGACGAAGGAAGUACGGAUCAGCAAUGCAUAGGACGGCGCACUAAUGAUUUCACGGCUGCAUAGAGGUGAUUUGGUAUGGAGGCG